UUGUAUUUGCAAAUAUGUGUAAUUUAAACGUUGGAAUGUGGUGUUUAAUAUCAAAUUCACAUAAAUUUGGCCUAAUGAAGUUAUUGAUAGGAUUUACAAAAAAAAAACAUGCCAUCAUGGUACUAUGACAAGAAAGAUCUUCGCAACACCCCGUCUGUUUUAGAUGGGAUCAGUAUUGAAACAGAACAGUGGUACAGGAAGGAAGGAGCUCGAUUCAUCAUUAAUAUGGGAAUUAAAAUGGGAUUAAGGUAUGAUACAAUUGCAACUGGAGUGAUGUACUUUCAUCGUUUCUACAUGAUUCAUUCAUUUAAGACUUUCCCAAAAUAUGUAACUGCUUGUAGCUGUUUGUUUCUUGCUGGGAAAGUUGAAGAAACCCCCAAGAAAUGUAAAGAUAUAAUCAAAAUGGCGCAAAGCUUUCUAACAGAGCAACAAGUUUUACAAUUUGGAGAGGACUCAAAGGAAGAAGUCAUGACAUUAGAAAGGAUUCUUCUUCAGACCAUGAAGUUUGAUCUGCAAGUUGACCAUCCUUAUAGACAUCUUUUGAAAUAUGCAAAAUCAUUGAAAGGUGACAAACAAAAAUUACAAAAGAUGGUACAGAUGGCCUGGACUUUUAUUAAUGACAGCUUGUGUACAACAAUAUGUCUGCAGUGGGAACCAGAAAUAAUAGCAAUUGCCUUGAUAUUUCUUGCUGGAAAACUUUCUAAAUUUGAAGUAUUGGACUGGUCUGGAAGAACAUCAAAACAUCAGCAUUGGUGGGAGGUUUUUGUAGAGGACUUGACAAUAGAUGUGUUAGAAGAUAUUUGUCACCAAGUUUUGGACUUGUAUUCCACUCCAACUCCCAGUAUUCCAGAAAAUUCUUUCCCUUCGACAUCACCACUGAAAUCUGAUAAACAACUACAACCUUUAACAUCACCACCACAACUUUCACUGUCGCCACCUCAACAACCUACAAGCAAAGAAUCACCUUUGGGCCAGUCUAUUCCAAAAGUAGAAAAGAAUGAGCUUAAAGAUUUUAACUUGCAUGAAGAUUCUACUAUGUCAACCAUACCACUCAUUGUAGCAGCUACUGCUUCAAUCUCAACUAUCCAGACAGCUCAAGAUUCUCCCUAUAAGGAUGAACCUGUCACUCCAAUUACUACCACUGGUAGUAAUGUAAACAUUUCCAGUCAACAGCAGGAGCCAGUCAUAAGUAGUGAAAUGACAGCUAGAGCUAGGACUGUCCCUAACGGUGGAUGCUCAGAUCAGUCUGCUCCAACAAGUCAUUGUUCCUACCCCACUUCUAUUUCUCCUCUUGCCCCAUGCAAUACUCCUUUCCCUCUAACCACAAAUCAAUAUUACCAUCAUCCAGAGAUCAAAUCUCACCCACAAUUACAAUGUUAUCGUUUCCCCACUCUUCCAUCCAACCAAACACCGUACAACUUCCAGCAUCCUACUUUGCAUACUAGACCUUUUCUCAGGCCCCAUAACCCACCUCCACGAUUUGCUGAUCAUUACUCCAGCCAACCACAAUGUCCCCCCUCAACACAGUACAGUGUCCCUCCACUUCCUACAAUACCUUCUCAGUACCCUCCAUUUUCUUCUAACCCACAUCAAGUCAUGUCUCGCCCACCACAACCACCUUUACAAACAGGUCGACCACCAACAGGCUUUGGAGGUUACCAGCCAUCUGUUGUUACUAACUUACAACAACCACCACCACAACCACCUUCUACAGGAAUCCCUCAAGUGAGAAUUACUGGAAGAUUUUAGAUUUCAAGUUUUGAAACUUUGUGAAUUUACAAUAUUAUUAUGAUACCUUAUAAACUAACAAACCAAUUUUCAUUGAAUCUGUGUUGUCAUUGGUUAAAACUGUAAAGGUUCAUACUAAUUUUGGUUUGGAUUACUAGGCUUUUGUUGGAUUAGGCAAUAUGCUUUUGUUGGAUUGACAAGAUGUUUUAGAACAGCAUUCUAAGUUUUCUUGCCAGUAAAUUUAAUUGUUAUAUAAGUUAUAUCUAUUGGAUAAAUUAAAAUAUUUUAAUUUGAGAAAACGACUUAGGAUUUCUCUAUUAGCAAAAUACAUAAGAUAUGUCAAGUAAUAGAAUAAAGAAUAGCAACAUUGUUGAUCUUUUGAAGCAACAGCUACAAAUAAGAAGUAUCAAUAGACUAAACAAAAAGUGUUUAGAGCUCAUAUUCAGUAUAUCAUUAAAAUAAUGUUUAUUAAGAAUGUAGGAUGUAAUAUGUAUAAAAUGUAUAAUUUAUGGAGCUAGUGAAGCAGUGUAAUAUCUUUUCAUUAGAUAUUCUUGUUGUGGUUAACUGUAUUCCAGGUUAUGCCAGUAGAAUAUUUUCUAAAGUUCAGAGUUUUUGUUUCUGUGUAAAGUUUAUUCUUGAAGCUAUAUGAAUAAAUUGUUUUUUUAGUUCU